AUGAAUUACUGGAGUGGCAUGUUUCGCUUUCCACCGAUGGCGUCACCGUUAGAUAUAUUACUUGGGAAAGCCGAUUGCACGCUUGAGAAGUUAUUGAAUGAAGAAGACUUUAUAUCUGAGAUUAGGCGGAAUAACGACUUAAUGGACUUUUGUGUUGAACCGGAGAACAUUCAACGAUAUCUGAAGUACACGACAUACGACAUCACCCCGACGGACGACCCGGUCCUCUUUGAAAAGUAUCACGCGAUUUGUAUUUCGAUAUUCACGGACGAACCCUCUCAUAUCAUCGACGUCAUAGGAACUAAUGAAGAACUUGUGGAAUACCUUUUUGAAGCAAUACGGUCGAAUAACGAGAAACGGAUGAGUGCGGGAGGGUUAGUCUUGAAUUGUGUGAUUCAAGUGGGGAAUGCGGUGGUCUACGAUUUAUUUACCAAAGACGAGACGAUGUUGAAUACACUCAUGGCGCGGUUGGACAUCACUGGAUUUCUUGACUCGAUCUUUCAAAUCAUGAAAUUGGAUGAUAUUGGGAAGGAAGGAUGUAUAGACUGGCUAUGUAAUAAAGGAUUCAUCCCAAAACUCAUCACUACUUUAAUGGGAACACAGUCAUUGGACAUCAUUAGUAAUAUCUCCUCUUUCAUUCGAAACGUCGUCAUGUGGAAAGUCUCAAACGACAACUCGCAUAUCUUCCGGUUCAUCACGUUACUUAAUAGUAAUGAGAUCCUCCCCAAAUUUGUUCAGUCAAUGUUCGAGAGUCAAGACGACCUCUAUGUCGAACACUGCUUCAUUAUUGUCAGUAACAUUCUGGCGUGCAGUACUAUACUGACGUAUACUAACCCAGACGAGUUGCCGGGGAUAUUUAAAGCACUUCUCCCACACAUCUCACACUUCGAUGAGGUAUUCAGAACUCGAAAAUCCGGAGGCGUUCUGAAUAAUUUGGUGUACAUCGUCUUGUCACUUGUCUUGAGCGGGUUCAAACAGAUAUAUGAUAAAUUGGCAAGGGAGAAUGUGUUGAAUGUAAUGAUGGAAGUGUUCUAUAUGAAUCAUUCCUGCACGAUUCUGAGACAAACAAUCAAAAUGACUUUCUUGACGGUGGUCAACGGAAAUGCUAUGAACGUCAAACUAAAACUCCUCGACGGUGGGAAGUUGCUCAAAACAUUUGUUGAGAUGGACAAGAAAGCGGUCGAAGAAAAAAAAGAGAAGAAUCUUGGGCCAGACUACUGGCUUAUUGCAGCUCGUUUGAUGAGGAGUGUGUUACAGUCCGUGGAAGAUAAAGGAGAGGAGGACGACUUUUACACCGCCAUAAUCGGUGACAAGGAGUUUGUGGAUUACGUCAAUACAGUCGUUGUUCCACGCGACGACGAGACGAGUGAAUGUUUCAAUAAACAGAAUACGGCACAUGAAGACUCAGAACAGUCGGACGAUUCUCAGAACUUCGACGACGACGGGUUCGAUAAUAUCGAUGAGGACUUCGACGACGAGGAGCAGGACGUCGAUGACGAGAUUGUUAGAAACGACGACGAUGAGGAAGACGACGAUGAAAAUGACGAUAACGAAGAUGUCGAUGACGAAAUAAAAAACGUUGAAGACAAGGACGACGACGAUGAUAUUGUCAAAGACGUCGCCAAAGAAGGUGACGUGAAACAGUGA